AUGAAUAAGUCUAUUCCAACAAUUUUAGAAAGAUUUCUUGGUUCAUUAUUACAAACAUCUUUCAUGUUAGCUAUUUUAACUACUUUGUUUUUAACAUUAAAUAGAUUUUAUAUAUUUUAUGAAAAUAUAUUAAUUAAAUUUAUCAUAUAUUCAUUUGUUAAAAAUAUUACAAUAUUUAUUACUAUAGCUUUAGGUAUAUCACUUUUUAUAACAUAUUUAUUUCAUGAAUAUGGUCUUGAAUAUAAUAUUCAUUCACGUUCAUGGAAUUAUAUAAUGGAUCAAGAUGAUCCUAUUCCUAUAUAUGAAUUUGAAUAUCUUUAUACAUUAAUAAUUUUAUCAAUAUGUUUUAUUUUUUAUAUAAUAAUAUUUAUACGUAUCACAAAUAAUAGAAUAAUUGUUGAUAAAACAAACAAUAAACUUUUUAAAUGUAGUGAUAUACGUAUAUUAAUUCAUAUUAUUUUUAUUUUUUUAUUUAAUACAAUUCUUGAAAUAUUUUGGUGGUAUUUACCUAAUUGGUUUGAAGGAUUUGACUUAUCAGGUGCAAUUUUAAAUUAUGCAUGGAUAAUAUAUUCUGGAAUGAAUACAUUACUUAAUAUAAUAUUUAUAAGUCAAAUAAAUGAAGAAUUUAAAAAAAUUUUUACCUGUCAAAGUGAUCAUAUAUUUAGUAAUUGUUGUAAAAAUCAAUGUAAAUUUUUAAAUACAUCAAAUGUUAAAAAUAUAACAAUAAAAAUAUGA